AUGUCUUCCUGUUUCGUGCGUGAAAGUUGUCAAAAGUCGUCGUCGUCGUCGCAUAAUAAACAGAAGUAUCAACAUUAAAAUAGAAUAAAAUUUGCGCAUAACAAGAGUGAAAAAUAAUAGUUUUUCUAAAAAAAAAAAAACAAAAAAAAAAUGAAUGAAUCGUUAGAAAAUGAUUGGGAAGAACAAUCAAAUGAUGAUAAUGGAAAAGGUGAAAAUGUUAUUAAAAAUUUACCAGUUAAAUCAAAAGAAAAAUACGAAGCUGUCUAUCAACAUUUCACCGCUUGGCAAGCAUCGAAAGAAUUAAAUUAUACAUGGACAGAAAAUGUUUUACUCUCAUAUUUCGGUGAACUUAUCGGUAAAGUUAAACCACCAACAUUAUGGGCACGUUAUUCAAUGUUAAAAAGUACAAUAAAAAUGAAUAAUAACAUUGACAUCAGUUGUUACACACAAUUAAGUGGAUUAUUGAGAAAAGAAUCGAAAGGUUAUAAAAGCAAAAAACCAAAAACAUUAACCAGUAAAGAAAUACUCGAUUUUUUAAAUAAUGCCCCCGAUCAUAAUUAUUUAGCCACAAAGGUGGCGAUAAUUUUCGGCAUUUGCGGUGCAUUGAAAAAAGGGGAAUUAUGCGAGAUUCGAACAACAAAUAUUAAAGAUUUUAACACACAUUUAGUGGUUAAGGUGAUAAAUUCCGAAACAAGGAAUGAGAGAACAUUUUUUGUACACGGGGAAUUAUUUUAUAGUUUAUAUAAAGCGUACGCGGCACUACGUCCAAGGAAUAUUGCGACAACACGAUUUUUUGUUAAUUACAAUUAUGGAAAGUGUACGCAACAAGUUAUUGGUAUCAAUAAAUUUGGCGCAAUGCCAAAACAAGUGGCGAAAUAUUUGAAUUUACCGAAUUCCGAGUGUUACACGGGUCACAGUAUUCGGCGCACGUCGGCGACAAUACUCUCCGAUUUGGGCGCCGCUACAUGCGAGGUGCCUUACAAAAGACUAAGGAAACAACAAAGUAAUGAAAAUUUAGAAAAUACAUCAAUUAAACGUGCCAAAAUUGAUGGUGAGACGAAUUCAAAAGCUUCCACAUCGAAUAACACAGAGGACACCGCUUCUAAGACGGAAAACGGUUGGCCCAGUUGCUUCAGACGAAUCGAGUCAAAAGACAAUUUGCCAAAUAGUGAGAAUGGAAAAAAUUCGAAAGUAUCGAUUCAAUAUGAAAAUUUGCCAUUGGAUAAUUUGUAUAAUGCAGACGAGUCGAUGAUUCAAUGGCGACCGAUAAACAAUAAUACAAUUCAUGAGGGUAACGAUGAGAAUUAUGAGAAAAUUUCCGACGGUAUUUCAAUAUUAUUUUGCGCCAAUGCAACUGGCAGUCAUCGAAUUCCACUAUUGACACUUGGCGAUUGUGAGAAUCCAGAAUGUUUGGAUCAAUUCAUGGAUCCUGAGACGAAGCUCGAUCGUUUAAAAUUGAUUAAGAGUUUCAAUGUUGCCUACACGCACGAGAGUCGAUCGAGGAUGGACAAAAAUAUCUUUCUUCUAUGGUACAAAGAAAUAUUCAUUCCCAAUGUAAUGGAGCAUCAAAAAAAAUCCGGCACAAGUGGAAAAGUAAUUCUCAUUAUUGACAACGAUCCCUGUCAUCCGCCUCUAAGCGAAUUGAAUUCGAUAAAUAAAAAUUUUCAAAUUCUCCCCCUACCCAGUAAUAUGACAGUUCCAAAUCAACCAAUGAAUCAAGGUUUAGUGUCACUAACAAAAAAGCACUACAAAAAUAAUUUACUAAAGCAGGCAUUGCUCAGUCGACUCGGUACGGAAAAUUAUAUAAAACAAUUCAAUCUCCACGAUUGUUUACAAUUACUUGGCGAGGCAUGGGACAAUUUAGAAUCGGCGAUAUUGAAAAAAGUCUGGAAAGCAUUUUUAUCCGAAUCAAACGGCAAUUUACAGGAUCCAUUAACAACAAACAAUUCAAAUAAUAAUGAAACAGUAUUCGAAGAAUCAACAAGUUUCCUAAAAAAUAAAGGCGAUCAAUUAUCACAACAUGUAAGUGAAUCAACAUGGUCGACAAAUGAGACAAAAGAAAAAUUUCUCAAAUGGUUCAAUAACAAUGACAUCGAUGAUGAAACACAAACUACUACGUUACAAUUUACCCAAAAAUCAAAUGAAUUACCAAUUAAUGAUAUGGAGAAAAAUUAUAUCGAAAUGAAAAAUGAUUUUGCCGAAUUGAGAAAUGAAUUUGCCGAAUUGCGAAGUAAAUUUAUUGAGAUUAAAAAUGAAUUGAAAUGUGGUAAUCAUAUGAGAACGAGGAAAGUGACACAAAAUGAGGAGGUAUUCGAUGAUUCGAUGAAUUUCGAGGAUUGUAUGGAAAAUGAAUUUUUACCAAUAAAAGAUGAAAUUGAUGACGAUGACGAGGAUGAUAAUGACGAUGAGGAUGUGGAGAAUAUUGAAAUUGAAGAGAGUAAAAGUUUUCUUGACGACGCUGAAAAAACAUUAACCGACGCAUUCACGCAUUUCAAUGAACUCAAAGAGUGGAUGAAAUCAUCGAAUAAAUUCACAACUAAACAUUUCGAUUAUAUGGAGGAAAUCGAAAAUAUCAUGAAACGGGAAACGUAAUUAUUAUUAAAAGAAUAAAAAAAAAAAGAAAAAAGUAAAUUAUUCUUAUGAAAAUAUAUAUCGAGUUAUGUAUUUCGAAUAAAAAUUUAAAUUAAUUUUUGUAGAA